AUGAAAACUAUUAAAAGUUUAUUUUUACUGUCAUUGUUGAUAGUGAAUUUAUUAAUAAGUUCAACAUAUGGAAGUUCAAUUAGAGUAAGCAUUGUUGGAGGUGAAGAAGCUGAAGUCAUUGAAAAACCACGUACUUUUGGAAAUAAAAGAGAACUCAAAUUAGAGUAUAGUCAAAUUUAUCCAAAGAAACAAUUAAAUCAAGAAAAUAUUAAUUUCAUGUCUGCCAGAGAUACUUUUGUUGAUAAUUUAAUGUCAAAAAUGUCAAUCACUGAAAAAAUUGGUCAAAUGACUCAAUUGGAUAUUACAACAUUAACAUCACCAAAUACAAUUACAAUUAAUGAAACAACAUUAGCAUAUUAUGCUAAAACUUAUUAUAUUGGAUCAUAUUUAAAUUCACCAGUAUCAGGUGGUUUAGCAGGUGAUAUUCAUCAUAUUAAUAGUAGUGUUUGGUUAGAUAUGAUUAAUACUAUUCAAACCAUUGUUAUCGAAGGUAGUCCAAAUAAGAUUCCAAUGAUUUAUGGUUUAGAUUCAGUACAUGGUGCAAAUUAUGUUCACAAAGCAACUUUAUUCCCACAUAAUACUGGUUUAGCCGCUACUUUCAAUAUUGAACAUGCUACUACUGCUGCACAAAUUACUUCAAAAGAUACUGUUGCCGUUGGUAUCCCUUGGGUGUUUGCACCAGUUUUAGGUAUUGGUGUUCAACCAUUAUGGUCUCGUAUCUAUGAAACUUUUGGUGAAGAUCCAUACGUUGCAUCAAUGAUGGGUGCUGCUGCCGUUCGUGGUUUCCAAGGUGGUAACAAUUCAUUCGAUGGUCCAAUCAAUGCCCCAUCUGCAGUUUGUACUGCUAAACAUUAUUUUGGUUAUUCCGACCCAACCUCUGGUAAGGAUAGAACUGCCGCAUGGAUUCCAGAGAGAAUGUUAAGACGUUACUUCUUACCAAGUUUCGCUGAAGCUAUCACUGGUGCUGGUGCAGGUACAAUUAUGAUUAACUCUGGUGAAGUAAAUGGUGUACCAAUGCACACCAGCUACAAAUAUCUAACUGAAGUACUCAGAGGUGAAUUACAAUUUGAAGGUGUUGCAGUAACUGAUUGGCAAGAUAUUGAAAAACUCGUUUACUUCCAUCAUACCGCUGGUAGUGCCGAAGAGGCCAUCUUGCAAGCUUUAGAUGCUGGUAUCGAUAUGUCUAUGGUUCCAUUGGAUCUUUCUUUCCCAAUUAUUCUCGCUGAAAUGGUUGCUGCUGGUACCGUUCCAGAAUCACGUCUUGAUCUUUCAGUUAGAAGAAUCUUAAAUCUUAAAUAUGCUCUCGGUCUUUUCUCUAAUCCAUACCCAAAUCCAAAUGCUGCCAUCGUUGACACCAUUGGUCAAGUUCAAGAUAGAGAAGCUGCCGCUGCCACUGCUGAAGAAUCAAUCACUCUCUUACAAAACAAGAAUAAUAUUCUUCCACUCAAUACCAAUACCAUAAAGAAUGUACUUUUAACUGGUCCAUCCGCUGACAGUAUUAGAAAUUUAAAUGGUGGUUGGUCAGUUCAUUGGCAAGGUGCUUAUGAAGAUUCUGAAUUCCCAUUCGGUACUUCAAUUCUUACUGGUCUUCGUGAAAUUACAAAUGAUACCGCCGAUUUUAACAUUCAAUAUACCAUUGGUCAUGAAAUUGGUGUACCAACCAAUCAAACCUCAAUCGAUGAAGCCGUUGAAUUGGCUCAAUCAUCAGAUGUUGUUGUCGUUGUAAUUGGUGAACUUCCAGAAGCUGAAACUCCAGGUGAUAUUUAUGAUCUCUCUAUGGAUCCAAAUGAAGUACUCUUAUUACAACAAUUGGUUGACACUGGUAAACCAGUAGUUUUAAUUUUGGUUGAAGCUCGUCCAAGAAUUUUACCACCAGAUCUCGUCUACAGUUGUGCUGCAGUUUUAAUGGCUUAUCUCCCAGGUAGUGAAGGUGGUAAACCAAUCGCCAACAUUCUCAUGGGUAAUGUAAAUCCAUCUGGUCGUCUUCCUUUAACUUAUCCAGGUACUACUGGUGAUAUCGGUGUUCCAUAUUACCACAAAUACAGUGAAAAUGGUGUCACCACUCCACUCUUCCAAUUUGGUGAUGGUCUUUCUUAUACCACUUUUAACUAUACCAAUCUCGCCUGUAGCAAUUGUAAACCAAUCUCUGGUCAAUCUGGUAACUACACUGGUGUUUUAGGUCAAUCCUAUACUUUCACUGUCACUGUCACAAACAAUGGUAACGUUCAAGGUAAAGACUCUGUUCUCUUAUAUCUCUCUGAUCUUUGGGCUCAAGUUACUCCAGAAGUUAAAAUGUUAAGAGGUUUCCAAAAAGUUGAUCUUAUGCCAGCUAAAUCUCAACAAAUCUCUUUUACCCUCAAUGCCUAUGAAUUCUCCUUUAUUGGUGUCGAUAAUAAAAUUACUUUAGAAUCUGGUCAAUUCAUCAUUAUGGUUGGUAAUCAACAAUUAGGUUUAUAUUUACAAUAA